AAGUUUAAAAGAAUUCGCUUUCGUCAAAUCGCCCAUUCUGAGCCGUUUCACUCCCACAAGAAGGCGAAAAGUAUACUAAGGAGAAUCCUUUCUAAACGGGAAGGAAUCCCUUUGAGUUCAUCUCGAACAGACUCCGCUAAUUUCUGUAGAAUUUAAAAAAGUCCAUUCCUUUCGAAAUUUCAUAAACGAUCACUCGUGCUGUUUGAGUUGCCAGACAGCACGAAGAAUCCAAAGAGACUCUCUUUCGAAUUCCCGAGUUACGAAAUGAAUUCCUUUUCCUCCCAAUUUUUUUUGUUCCAAGACCAGAGUUCGAAAAGAAUUCGUUUUCACGUAACUCUGCGCUCUUUUUCGCGUACAAGAGAGAUUCCUUUUGCACUCUAAGAAUUCACAAAAGGAAAGAAAUCUCGUCGAGUCUCAUUUCGAACGGGCCACGGGCAUUACAGCUUUUCAAUUUCCUCUCGCGACAACGUGCCAUUCGACACGGAGCCUCGGCGAGAGCGACCGACGGGCAACAUGGCCGCCGCGCGCGCGGCCCGGGCGAGCGCCGCGCGCGCGGCGCGUGGCCACCAGAUUAGUGACAAUGCGGCCGCGUCCGUUGGUAACAUUGCGCGUGGCCAGAUCCAUCCCAGCGAUGACAGUGUUCCGAGCGUUUUGGUGACAGCCGCGUACGCGCACGUUCGCCGUCAGCCUCGUCGCUCCUGUUCGCGUCCCGCGGCUCGCCUCGCUUCGCAGGGCCUGACGGUGCCAAGACCCGGUGCGUCCGCCGACCAGGGUCGAGACGAGCGGUCGACGCCGCGACUCCCGAGAAGCCAGAACGCCGCCUGGGAUAACGUAAACGCGCCUGUCGGCCAAUUGGGACUGUCGCGAUAUGGACCGCAGGUGAUGAGCGUGCUGUGUUUAUGCACCUCCAGCAUCCACCAAUCCACCCGUAAGGUCACGCAGGCCGGCAAGAUACUUCCGAGUCCGCCGUCAGACACCCUUUGCGAGCAGCGAAUAACGCCCUCGCAGGAAAUACCCACUGACGAGCUGGCUCUAUUAGCUAAACUGGAAGAAGCCAAUAGGCUGAUCGAAUCCGAUGCAAAGUCACUGAAUUCGCUCCAGAGCAAUCACAGCAGGAAGGGCUCCGACACAUCUCAGGUGUCUGUGGCGUCGGGGGGCAGCGGAGGUAACGGCGAUGCUGCGCCCCGACGCCACAACCCAGCCGAUGGCGAAGAGAAUACGUGGACACUCUGGGGUCACAUAGUGGCUGACUGGGAUUAUCAUUGGAAGAAACGAAAAGAAUUUGUUAAGGAUCUGGUCCGUCAAGGCAUACCGCACCAUUUUAGGGGUAUUGUUUGGCAGUUACUAAGCGGUGCCCACGAUUCUCCAGUUAAGAAGCAAUUCGCCGAGUAUAUUAAAGCAACAUCAGCCUGUGAGAGGAUAAUUAGAAGAGACAUCGCCAGGACGUAUCCCGAACAUGAUUUUUUCAAGGAAAAGGACGGUUUUGGCCAGGAGAGUUUGUUCAACGUUAUGAAGGCGUAUAGUUUACAUGAUCGCGAAGUAGGAUACUGCCAAGGUUCAGGAUUCAUAGUAGGAUUACUGUUAAUGCAGCAAAUGCCAGAGGAAGAAGCUUUUGCUGUGCUCGUAGCGUUAAUGCAAGAAUAUCGCUUACGGGAUAUGUUCAAACCUAGUAUGGCCGAAUUGGGAGUGUGCAUGUAUCAGCUGGAACAUUUAGUUGCUGAUGCACAUCCCGAACUUCAUGCUCACUUCACGGCCCAAGGUUUCCACACGUCGAUGUAUGCGUCUUCUUGGUUUCUUACAUUGUUCACCACAGCGCUAAGCCUUCCCCUAGCGUGCCGCAUUUUUGACGUCUUUCUAUCGGAGGGGAUGGAGAUUAUUUUUAAGGUUGCAUUGGCGAUGCUGCAGUUAGGCAAGGAAGAUUUGCUCAGUUUGGAUAUGGAGGGCAUGUUGAAGUUUUUCCAAAAGCAACUGCCUGGAAAGGCCGAGAAAGAUCCUGAUGGCCUUAUGACGCUCGCGUAUGGGAUGAAAAUCAAUCCGAAAAGAAUGAAGAAAUUGGAGAAAGAUUACACCAUCUUAAAGAUGAAGGAGCAAGAGGAAAUGGUCGAGUUACGCAGGCUUAGAGCAGAGAACAGAUUACUCAGACAAAGAACUGAACUUCUAGAAGCGGAGUCCGCCGAAUUGGCCGAUAGAUUAGUUAGAGGUCAAGUAUCACGCGCUGAGGAGGAGGAGACCGCUUUCAUAGCACAGAGAGAAUUGGCAGCGCUUCGCCAUUCGCACCUCGAAACGAGCCAUCAACUCGAGCAAGCUCACGAGGAAUUGAGAUCCUUGUCGAUCCUUCUAGAGGAGAACGUAACGUCGAGACAGUCGUCGCUUGAUGAGAUAUUAGUGAAGCAAGAAGCAUUAUCGCAAAAGGAAGAAAUGAUACAGUGUUUGCAAGAGGAAUUGGUUAGAGUUAGAUUACACGAGGCAGAAAACGAUGCACUGAUCAGGGAACUCAGGGGAAGGAUACAAGAGUUGGAACAAGAUAAGAAGACUUUGCGCGAAUCAACACCGGACAAUUCCGUUGCUCAUCUACAGGAGGAACUUAUUGCAGUUAAGCUUAGAGAGGCGGAGGCCAAUUUAUCUUUAAAGGAUCUGCGGCAGAGGGUUAUGGAGCUAAGCGCAACUUGGCAGAGGCAUUUACAAGAGCACCGGUCUGCUCAAUCAGUGCCUGCCGCUGAUUCUACGCCAAAGAAGCUACUCUUUUGGGAGAAUCGGGGCCACGAGGUGCAGAAGUUCGAGGAAGAUUUAAUGACGACCAGAAUUCGUGAGAUGGAAGCGUUGACUGAAGUUAAAGAGCUACGGCUUAAAGUUAUGGAGCUUGAAACUCAGGUGCAGGUAGCAACGAAUCAGCUCCGUAGACAAGACGAGGGUGGGAAAGUACUUAAAGACGAAUUGGAAGCCGCGUUAGCGCGGGAGAAGGAUAUGGCUGCCAAAUUGAGAGAGCAACAGCACAAGUAUUCCGAUUUGGAAUCGAAAAUGAAGGACGAGGCUAUGAUGGCCAGGAUACGCGAUGCCGAACACGCGCAGCAAGUGGCGGAACUUACGCAGAAAAUAUCCCUUCUGGAGCUGAAGAAUGAGGAGAUGCAUGCGGAAGGCGAACUUAGGAAUAAUUUAGAUGACAGUGAGAAAGUAAGGGAGCUUCAAGAUAAGGUCGCUGAAUUGAAGGCCGAGGUCAUGAGACUAGAGAGCUGGAAACAACGGUGGACGGGACUCGGCGGGCAGACCGUGCGAAGUUUUAGCGUCGAUACUGAAAGCGAAUUGGACGAGCGGGAUCUCAGAAUUUGCUUGCAGGAUCAUAUCAAUACGACCACGCCAAACUCACCCGAGGUAUAGAAUUCUAUGUAUACCAAGACCAUUAGGCAGCUAACAAUACUCCGUUAUCGAUGCGCGCGAACCUUUUGUUCGUCGGCUUUCGCUGUAGGAAAUAACGCGUGUAUGCGCUUAGAUUAUAACACGACGGUAGACCGUAAAUAAUCCUGUUUAGUUACGUGUAUUACUAUUAGGCCAAAUAUAACAAAUACGCAUAGCCGUUUUAAUUACUUAUGCUGUAACGAUGACGAAACGUAACAAUGAAACGAUAGAUGCUUUCGGUAAUCGAAGUAAUCUCGAUCGUAAUCAGGACGACGCUUAUCGAGACGAGUAAUUUGUAUUGUAAAAAGAUUGGUUGCAAUUCACCUAAUAGACGUUGAAAUUUCUUCGGGACAUUGCAACGAAGUAAUCUGUCGCAGCGGCAAGUAACGUUUUUUUUCUUCACUUUUUUUUACUAUAGCAAUAUUAUUAGUAUUACAUUUUUUAGAUUACAUUACACAGAGUAUUAUAGAGCACACGUUAGCCGUAGCUAAUAGCAAAGUACGAUAGAAUGUAACUAACACUUGUUUUAAGCGGUAAACGAUCGUAAUAGUAAUCUAAUUUGAAAGAGACUCAUAACCGGUACGUAACAAUCUGGGAAGAACGAAAUUUGAAGCGUGCAAGUUAAUUCCAUUCCAUGAUUACAGAAAGUGCUUGUUGUAACGUUUAUUCUUUCUUACUGUAAGUAGCGAAUUUGAAUUUUAACAGUUAAUUUUGUGUAUCAGCAGAGCUAACUUGAAUCGGAAGCUUGAAAUCGGAUCAGAUCGCGCGUUAUCUCUUCUGUCGAAAUGCACAUUCUUCCAAUAACUUUGAUAACUCUUCGAGGAUUACGAAAUGCAUUCCAACUCUUGCCUAAUCUCGCAUCUCCUCGUUUCCCGGGGGAGAAUAGUUAUCGGAAUUAAUGGUAAAUUUUAAUACUCAAUAUCUAUUUUUUUUUAAUUAUCUGUACUUUCGCGGACGUAGACUCUUAUAAGAGAGUCCACGUUUAUUUCUUAACGGAUGCAGGACUCGAUGUCGAUAACUCGUAAUACUUGGAAUGUGGAAUUUUUUUUGCGUUGUCCAAGGACCCGGACUGUCUUUUCCGAACUUAUCAGAAAGCUUGAUUACGAUCCGUAGAUUAUACGAAGAUUAUCAUAGACUUUCCGUGACACACGCCACUGUUUUUAUACGCAUGUUAUACUCUGUGUAUUUUUUGUAAUUCAUACCAAAUGUAAUCGCAUUUAAGAAGUUAUAUAUAUAUAUAUUUAAACCGCCGGAAAACGUGGGGACAGUAAUGUAUCGCCGUUUUUUAUAAAAAUAUGUAUUUAUAUAUUAUAUACGUGUAUGUGUGUGUGCGAGCGAGCGUGAAUGUGCGCGUGUAUGUGUAUGUGUGCACGUGUGUCACGAGGGAAUCAUCGCAUACGAAUCACGAUUAUUCAUACAAGACACAUAUACCGCGCGCGUUACUCGAAUCGAAAAUUUAACCGUCUAAAAUCUUUAAGAUACAUUACAAUCGCGUGCCGGAGGGCGUAUCGAAUUUUCUUAUCAUUGUUGUCCGACACGUGUACAUUAUUUGUAACAUAUUUAACGAAUUUCUUAAUUCAAUUUUUAUCGGUAAUAUGCAAUUUGCGCACAGCACGAGGUGUGUAUAGUUAAUUAAUCGACGUGGAAUUGUAAAAAAAGGGAAACGCGAUAGAUCGGCCGUAGAUCGUCCCGAGGGGAGAAGUCUCUCUCUCCCGAUCGAUCGCGGGUAGCUGAAAUUGAAAACGGGCGAGAUUAUCGGAAGCGCUUGUGUAAAAAAAAGAAUUAGCUGCGCCGCGCAACCCGCGGGCGCAGCUCGUUCCUUCACCGUGACUCGGAUAAUUACUUCCAAUGUAAGCGUUCGCGUCUAGCUACUUUCUUUCACAGCGAGUCGCCUUAGCCUACUUGCAAACGGCGGCUUCUCUCGCGCUUGGCCUAAAUCGUCCGCGGCCCAUUCCUUUGUUGCGUCAAACAGCCGGCAUUGUUUUCAACCGCGUCGCGUCGCGCCGUAAAUCCGUGGUGUUAACCCGCAAGCCGCGAGUUGCUCUUCGCGCACGCACCUGCGCGAAUUAGCGCGAGCGUGUCGUUAACGGCAGCGGCGAGACGACACUCCGAUAUUAUCCGAUCGCGCGCGCUUCACGAGCGAUCUUUUCGCGGAAACGAGUCGCGCGGAUACGAGCGCGAGCUACCAAAAUCGAUAUUAAUUAAGGAUCGUACGAGGAACGUAGGGAACGCGAAAUGACAUGACCCGUUGACGACGGUGUCGAGUAAUGUAUUUAUUUGUAAGUAGCACGAAGGCGAAGAAUAAAAUGUGCAAGACCGAGGAGAAA